GCAAGAUGGCGGCGCGGCUGCUCCGCUUGCGCGGGCUGCUGCGAGCCGAGGGCCGGCGGCCGCUCUCCGCGCACGCCAGUGCUCUGCCAACGGAGCAGCAUGGUGCAAAACGCCAAGAGCCAUCUUCUGCAAAGAGUUUAAUUGAUAUAGGAACGCGAAGGAUCUUCUCUUCUGAUCAUGAUAUCUUCAGGGAGAGCGCAAGGAAAUUCUUCCGGGAAGAAGUGGCACCUUUUCACGCGGAGUGGGAGAAGGACGGCCAGGUGAGCAGGGAGCUCUGGGAAAAAGCCGGACAGCAGGGCCUGCUGGGUGUUGCUAUAUCGGAAAAAUAUGGCGGCAUUGGAGGGGAUAUUCUCUCUUCAGCUGUGGUCUGGGAAGAGCAGAUGUAUGUUAACUGUACUGGCCCAGGAUUCAGCCUUCAUUCAGAUAUAGUCAUGCCCUACAUUGCAAACUAUGGUUCUGAAGAACAGAUUAAACGCUUUAUCCCUGAAAUGGUUGCAGGCAAGUGUAUUGGAGCUAUCGCCAUGACUGAACCUGGGGCUGGCAGUGACUUGCAGGGAGUACGAACAUAUGCAAAAAAAGAUGGAAGUGACUGGAUUCUGAAUGGGAGUAAGGUAUUCAUCACGAAUGGUUGGAUGAGUGAUGUAGUGAUUGUGGUUGCGGUUACAAACCGUGAGGCCCGAUCCCCUGCUCAUGGGAUCAGCCUUUUUCUGGUGGAAAAUGGAACAAAAGGUUUCAUCAAAGGACGCAAGUUGCACAAAAUCGGCCUGAAAGCCCAAGAUACAGCAGAGCUGUUCUUUGAAGAUGUGCGGUUGCCAGCCAGUGCCUUACUCGGGGAAGAGAACAAAGGCUUCUAUUACCUGAUGGCAGAACUUCCUCAGGAAAGACUGGUGAUUGCUGAUAUCGCUCUUGCCAGCUGUGAGUUCAUGUUUGAAGAAACAAGGAAUUAUGUGAAGCAAAGAAAAGCUUUUGGAAAAACAAUUGCACACUUGCAAACGGUACAGCACAAGUUGGCAGAAAUGAAAACACAGAUUUGCGUUGGCCGAGCUUUUGUGGACAGCUGUUUGCAGCUACAUGCAGAUAAACGUCUGGAUUCCUCUACAGCUUCUAUGGCAAAGUAUUGGUCUUCUGAUCUCCAAAACAGUGUGGCUACUCAGUGUGUGCAACUGCAUGGAGGAUGGGGGUACAUGUGGGAGUAUCCAAUUGCGAAAGCCUUUGUGGAUGCCCGUGUUCAACCAAUCUAUGGUGGUACCAAUGAAAUAAUGAAAGAGCUUAUUGCUAGAGACAUUGUCAGUGACAAGUAGGGCAGAUGUUAACUUCUUUGGAGAGUAUUCCUGAAUCCUUUCCCAUUAAUAUAUGGGAUAAAGUGAGGCUGGAGAACGUAAGUAACAAAGAUAUAUAGUGUAUUUUACUCUUUGAAUGGAAGAGCUUAAGUAUUAAAAGUAGCUGUUAUGAAAGUGGUAGUCACAACAAGGUGGUUGUAUACACGAUUUCUGAUACUGAAUGGGCUACUUUGAGUUUGGUGGACAAUGCUGAGGCUAAUCUCUGAAUUCCAAAAACCUCAUAUGUUCUGGUAGUGAAAAACGAUUUUUAUUUUUGUUGGUAUUUGGAAUAUUGUGGGUAGAUCAGUCUUUCAAACUUAAUGUGAUUAUAUUGAACCUAUCCUGCAAUUCUCGGAAUUAAACACAAUCACGUCAUCAGAGAAACCACUUAACAUAAUAAGAAAAGUAAAUAAUACAAAAUUAAAAGUAAACACAGCUUGGGAUUUGUACUGCCACUUGACAAAUAUCACUGUGCUGAGGUAAAUGUGAAACUUUUGGUGCCAUUCAGUUUAUUAUUGUAUAUGAAUACUCUUGAUGGAACCUGUUGGAGAGCUGCCCUUAUGCACACAUAUUAGUGGGCAGCAGUUGCCCAUGACAGGGGAAUGGAAUAUAUGAUUAUCCUUCAUGUUUACACAGCACCAAGAGUGCCUUAUUUUAAUUACUGUGUUUGGGUAACUCUAAUAAAGCAUUUCCUAUGCAAGCGA